AUGACUCGUAUUCCGUUGGAUCUUGUGGCUGAAAUCCUAUGUCAACUCCCAGUGAAGUUCCUUGUACAACUCCGCUGCGUAUGCAAAUCAUGGAAUACUCUAAUCUCAGAUGAUAGCAGUUUCGUCAAAAAACACCUUCACGUGUCAACAACCAAAUGCAAACACCUCCUCGCAUGCACAUGGAUCUCUCCACCGCUACCGGAGUUUAGAAUGAUGUCUUAUCCACUCACCUCAAUUUUCACAUCUGAACCCACACUCCUUGAGUGUUUUUCGCCCAUUCCUCCAGAUACCCUCGUUGGUUCCUGCGACGGUCUCCUUUGUUUCUCUGUUAAUAAAGAUCUUGUACUUUGGAACCCUUCCAUAAGAAAAUUUAAGAAAUUACCCUCUUUGGAACAGGUUGUAACUAACUGCGCAUUUGGCUAUGAUCCUUUUAUCGAUACGUACAAGGUUGUUUCUCUUUCCAGCUAUUCUUGUGAAUCUGAUGGAAUUGAUGGCACUCCCAUGAAGGUUUUCAGAACUCAAGUUAACAUUUAUACUCUAGACACUCAUUCAUGGAAAAGGAUUAAUGAUUUCCCUUCCAUACCCCUCAAUGGUCUCUCUGAAGGAAUAAUCGUCAGUGGCACAGUAAAUUGGUUUGCAUAUUCUACUGCAUCUGGUGAUUUCUCGCGUGUCAUUGUUUCUCUUGACUUGGGGAAAGAGUGUUACCAAGAGAUUUCAGAGCCUAACUAUGAUGAAAAACCCAUUUACUUGACCUUGGGUAUGAUGAGGGAUUGCCUGUGUAUAUUUUCAUAUUCUCACUCUUUUACCGAUGUUUGGCUCAUGAAGGAAUACGGAAAUAAAGAGUCUUGGAUUAAAUUGAUCCAUCUUCCUUACUUUGGUGAUCAUGAUAGUCAUGAUGAUAAUAUUCACUAUCAGAAAAUUUACGGUCAGAAGAUAUUAUACAUUUUUGAGGACGAAAAUGAUGUAUUGCUCGUCGUCAACAAAGAGUUUAAAAAAUGGAAGUGGGUUGUUUGCGAUUCUAAAAAUUAUACUAUAAAGAGUUUCAAGAUUCAGAAAGACUUUGGUUGGUUAGAAUCAAAAGUCUACGUUGAAAGUUUGAUAUCACCUUAG